CCGCAGAAGCUCCCGCAGCCGAACAGUACUGCAGUUUGUCGGACACGGAGUGCAGGCAGGACCCGGUGACCCGCCCGGAGCUCUCAGCGCCGACUGUGCCAUGUUUUUCUAACCUCGCCGGGAUUAUUGGACGAAGCCGCACCUGCAGCUGACGGUCCGCUGUGAAGCAGCAUGAACGGAUACGAGCCUCCGGCUCUCGCCUCGGGCAUCUUCGGCUCCUACGGCUCGCACAUCAAUGGCCACGGCUCUCCAUCCCCAGAGCCUCCAGCAAACAAAGCCAGGACCAGUGCCAAAGCGCUUUACGGUCACUUUAACGUUUCUUCGGACAGAUGGAGCGACGGCUUCUUUUCUCACAGUCUCAAACAAAGGAAACAUUACACCAGAACCAGCAUCAACAGCCUGACGGACACGUCGCAGUACCACGUGGAGCAUCUGACGACGUUCGUGUUGGACCGCAAAGACGGGAUGAUCACCGUCGACGACGGCAUCAGACGCCUCCGUCUGCUCGAUGCUAAGGGGAAGGUGUGGACGCAGGAGAUGCUGCUGCAGGUGGAGGAAAAGGCGGUCAGCCUCAUCGACCUGGGGACCAAGAGCGAGCUGGAGAACUUCCAGAUAGGCUCGAUCCAGCACUGCCAGGCCGUGAUGAACACCUGCAGCUACGACUCCAUCCUGGCUCUGGUGUGCAAAGAGCCGGGUCAGACGAAACCCGACCUCCACCUGUUCCAGUGUGAUGAAAUCAAGGCGAAUCUGAUCCACGCUGACAUAGAAAGUGCCAUGAUGGAUGCCAAAGGAGGCAAAGUGAAGAAACGACCGGAGACCCUGAAGAUGAUCCUGAAGAGUGAUGGCAUCAUCCCCCCUCCCCCAUCCGCUCCUGCCCCCCAGCCGCCGGCAUCACCCGAUCCGGUGGACGUAAAGAGCCGUGUGGCCGCCUGGUCGGCUUGGACCAAUGAGCAGCAAGAGGCAGACGAGCGGCGGCUCUCGCAGGACGACGGGCCGGCGGAGAUGACGGCGGCCCGAGUGGACCGGGACGUGCAAAUCCUGAACCACAUCCUGGACGACAUCGAGUUCUUCGUCACCAAGCUUCAGAAAGCUGCCGAGGCCUUCAACGAGCUCUCCAAGAGGAAGAAGAACAAGAAAGGCAAGAAGAAAGGUCCCGGAGAGGGCGUCCUGACGCUGCGCUCCAAACCACCAAGUGAGGACGAGUUUGUCGACUGUCUGCAGAAAUUCAAACACGCCUUCAACCAGCUGGGGAAACUGAAGGACCACAUCCAGAACCCGAGCGCCGUGGAUCUGGUCCACUUCCUGUUCACGCCCCUAAAGAUGGUGAUCCAGGCAUCAGGCAGCGUGGAUCUGGCUCGUAGCGUUGUCGUUCCUCUGCUCACCAGAGAUGCCAUCGACUUCCUUCACGCCUCAGGGACGGCGGAGGAGAGACACCUGUGGGUGGCGCUGGGAGACGGGUGGACGAAGAGCAGGCUGGAGUGGCCAAAGGACCACUACUUCCCUCCGUGCGUUCUGAGGUUUCGUGAUGGUUGGGAGCCUCCUGCGUUGGCGGCGGUGACCCAGAGUCGUGAGCAGGAACUGGCUCAGCUCGCAGAAAGCCUCGCCAACGCCAACCUGCAGAGACGGGAGGACCCGCGGCUGCAGCUGGCUCAGGAGCAGGCGGCGGUGCAGAGGUUCCCCCCCGCUGACGGGUACGCCUUCGCCAACACCUCCUACAAACGCAUGCAGAUCCUGGAUCAGGACACGGCCAUGGCUGCUUUCAAACAGGCCGCCAGCCGCCAUGUAGACCGAGGCUUUGAUGCUGACGGCAGGGGGCAGUCCAAAAUGUUUGCCAAAUCCAAGUACGACUUCGUGGCGAGGAACAACACGGAGCUGUCGAUCCUCAAAGACGAGCUGGUCGAGGUGCUGGACGACAGGAAGCAGUGGUGGAAGGUUUGUAACGGCUGCGGGGCGACCGGCUACGUGCCAAACAACAUCCUGGAGAUCACCAAAGCGGUGGACGUGAACAGCCGAGGAGAGCCCAUCUACAGCCACACCAUCCAGCUUAUGAUGCCAAGGAAGGAAUUUGAGUUGUUUAAGCAAUUACUGGGAGAGCUCAACGAGAAACAGAGCACGAGGACCGAGAUCAUCCCCAGCAAACCCGCCGCCACCCCCAUUCCAGCGGCCCCCGCGCCGGUUCCUCCCGCUCCCGUCCCCGCCAGGCUGCCCACACCGCCGCUGCCUCCUCCGGCCGUCGAGCCGGCUGGCGGCAGCGUCGCGCUCAGUCGGCAGAACAGCAACACGUCCAACGACAUGGGCAGCGUCGCCAUGAGGGAGCCAAACAACCAGAAACCUGCAGCGGCCGGCCGCAGGAAGUCGAACAUGGAGGAGGUUCAGGACGAGCUGAUGCACAGGCUGACGCUGGGCCGCAGCGCUCAGAAGAAGUUCCAGGCUCCGCCCCGCGCCGGCGGCUCACCGUCGGUCAGCAUCACCUACGACUCGAGUCCGGACGAGGUCAAAGCGUGGUUGGAGGCCAAAGGCUUCAGCCCUGUCACCAUCACCAGCCUGGGCGUGCUCACCGGAGCUCAGCUGUUCUCACUCAACAAGGAGGAGCUGAAGACGGUUUGUCCUGAUGACGGCGCUCGAGUCUUCAGUCAGGUCACCGUGCAGAAGGCGGCGCUCGAGGUUUUCUUCUGACCCUCCUCUGAUGUUCUGAUUUCCACAUUCAUUAAGAAAAGUUUAGGCUCUGAGCUGCAGGAGAUCAUGAGGAGGCGGCAGGAGAAACUGGCGGCCAGCACCUGUGAUUCAGGGGUGGAGUCUUUUGAUGAAGGCAGCACCCACUGAGCUCCACCUGGCUCCUCCCCUUCCUUCCUCCCUUUGUCUGUUGUACCUUUUCUUUUUAAAAACCGCGGCCUGCUGCUCUCUCGAUCCUCAGGCGGCGGCCGACCGCGCGGAGUUCGUGGAGAUCAUGCGGCGCAGGCAGGAGCUCCUCAGCUCGUCUCCAUAGAACGAGAAACACAAACCGACCGGCCGACUGACCGUUGGACCACAGACACACACACACACACACACACACACACACACACACACACACACACACACACACACACACAGUACUCUGCCAUGUUUGCCUGAAGUUCACAUGAACACUUUGGGGACUCGUUUUGUUGGUAAAAAGUGAAAGAAGCUGCUCAGUCGCUCAUUUUCCAAAGCAAAGCCUCUCAGUAUUAACGUUAGAACAGCUGAGGCUGAUCCUCUCCUGGUUUAUCAUCACGUUCAAGUAACAGAGCGAAGAUGCUUUUAGACUCUGCUCAGUCUUCAGAGGUUUUCAGCACUUUGACGCUGAGUCUUUGGAGCUGAGCUCCAAGCUGAUCAGUGACUUUGUUUUCUGUCCAAAGAUGGAUUAAAGAUGGAUUAUUCCCUCUGUGACUGAGCGCAGUGAAAUCACCUGAGAGGCUCAGGUGAGGCUGGUAGUGUCGAGAUGCCUGACUGGUUGGUUCUUACAAACAGAAAACAGAAGAAAUUCAGUCGAUGUUGUCUGGAAAAUAAUAUUCUAUUAUCUACAUUAAAUACACAUUUAAGAGUUUUUGGACCAAGGAUGAUAUUCACAGCAUGUAAUUUCUCAGAUUAUAUUUAAACUAUUUGAUGACCAAACAGAAGCAAAAGUAACUUUAUAAAUAAUUUAUGAAGGACGUGUAACAGAGUGAGGUGAGCAGAUUUCUUAAAAUUGUUUGGAAAUCAGCAUUUUUGCACAUUAAAAAUAAAAAUGCUGUUUUUCAGCCAGAGGAAACGAACGGCUCGGAUCUGUCGGAGCUAAAAACCGUUUUUUGCUGACGUCAUUUUAAAGGUAAAAACACGGGAAUGACUGUAGUCGGACUCAAACUCAGUCACUGUGUUUUCUCUUCACGCCCCGCCCACAGCAACAGGUAGCCUCGUGUUUUGUGGGAAAACAUCUCAUUGGUCAUGUUACCUGUUAAAUCAUCGAGCUGCAGGUGGGGUUUGAAACGUGUCUGUGAGAUCGCGCGGUGUUUGAAGAACUGACCUGAAACAUCAUCAGGCUCAAUCACCUGCAUCAGUUUAUUGGUCUAAAACCCAUUGGAGCCACACCUGGGCUCCUCCCAGGAGGCGGUUAGGAGCUGUUUUCACAGGUGUUCCUAACGUCCUGCAAAGGACAGACUUAUUAUUAUUUUUCCACCACAAUAGAAGGAUAAAAACUUCAAUCUCUGGACCUCCUCAGCUGCUAAAUAUUUAAAAAAAAAAAUGGCUGUUUUACGUCAUUUGCACAAAUUCAACUCCGUUUUAAAGUAAGAACUUCAGCUGAGAACGCAGAAAUGCUCGAAACUCCUGUUUUCUGACAGUAACAACUGUGAUACAGAGUAAGAUGACCAAUGAGACCAAAUACUGAAAACCGACUGAAGCGGUAAAUUCUCACAUGUGGCUGAGAAUCAGUGCAAACUGUUCCUGUUCUCUCUCUAAACUCACUAAAAGCACAAAUUCAAUCACUGUUACGUUCGAGGGCUCCAGAGAGCCCCGUUCAUUCUGGAUGAGCUCGAGUGCGCCUCCUCUGGACCUCCUGUAGGGGGCGCACAUUAGAAGUUCUUUAGUUACAAGUUACAGCACAUGUUUAUAUGCACCUGAUUUUAAAACCUAAAGCGGUCGUAAUCGCAGCACAAAGAGGUUCGGUCCUGCACGGCAGCUUCACAUUAAAGGUCGUAACCGCUUUUCUUCAGAGGCUUUUAAUGUGAAAAAUCUGCAGUUUUUGAUCACUCAGCCAACUCCAGCUGCAAAGUGGGAGCGACUUUAAACGAGCAGAUAGGUGAGACCGAAGCACCUUGUUGUAUUUACAGGUGUUACCUGAUUGGUUCGUGCUGGUCACGAGCUCAGGUGUCUGCUGGCUCCUGUUUGAGAAUUUACCGCCAACGGUUUUUCUACCAAACUCAGAAGCUGAUCAGAUCAGUGAGCAAAAACACAAACCAAUAAAUGCAGACUGUUUCCGUUUGUACCGCGCAGCCUGAAAAUGCUGUAAAUUAAAUGUUUGCAUAAAAAUCAGCCUGUGUACUCACUGUGGCAUUGAUCGUAUUGAUCGUAUUGAUUUUGUUUCCAUUUAUGCACUUAUUUUCUCAAACCAAGUCUGAAGCAAAGUUUUUCUUGUUUUGUCUGACCUGUAGCACAACACUGUAAAAAGACUAAUGAUUAAAGUAGCUUUAUGGAGAUUUGCUUGUUGCUAAUGAAAGCAGAGGAAAUAGUAUUUAGUGAACCGUCUUCGUACCCAAACACGUGUGUAGCGGCCAAUCAGGAGGAAGCUUAGAGUUCAAACACUGCAUUUGUACGUGUAUAGUUUUCAUCGUGCCUUUUCCAUGUAAAUCUGCUCAUUCUGCAAUAAAAUCUUUACUGAAGCAUU